AUGGCAGAACAGGGCACGUUUGUCUCGUGGAAAUAUUCCCAUUACUUUGAAUUUUUUGGCGAGAAAAACCAGAACAACAUCUUAGUGAAAUGUAAGCUGUGUCUGGAGGAUAAAAUCUUAUCAACUGCAAAGAACUCGACUUCAAAUCUGAAGAAGCAUUUGCAGGCGAGACACAGCUCCGUUACAUUAGAGGCGAGGUCCACGGAGGGGGAAGAGGAUGCUCCAGCUCCCAAACAGCUACGGCUAGCUUCAAAUUCAACCAAUACCAUCAUCAAGAGGGAAACUAACCGGAUCACAGCCGGUUGUGUUGUUGGCGAGGACGAGGAAGAAGAGGAGGAGGAAGAAGAAGAGGAGAAACUCCCGAUAUCAAGGGUAGAGUUCCUGUCUUAAACAAUAAAACCGCUAUUCACAACGAGUCUGUGGCUUUUAGGGAAAUAAGUGCGAACGCUUUGGUUCGGUCUGUUAUUUAGUAACAAGUAAUAAUGUGUUUUACGGGAAACGUUACCCCAAAAUUAAAACAAAAGAAAGCCUGUGUUUUAUAGAGGUAGGAAAAAAGCCACGCUUUGUUGCUAUUGGUCAAUCGAAACAAGCUCGAGCGAAACGAUUGGCUGGGCUAUAAGUAAACACGGAAGUGGAUGCUGGCGCGUCGCAGGCUGAAGCUAUUCGGUGGGUUUGAAAUGAAAAUGUUUUAUUGUAAAGAGUUGAAGAUAACUCCUUUAGGUUGUUUAUAGAAAUAGGGAAAUAGUUGUGACAUAUACGCAUGAAUACGAUGGGUUAAAUGAUUGAAGAUGGGUAAUCAAAGACGAUUUUGAAGCUCGUGAGGACGGGGUGUUAGCCAGGCAGCUAACUCAGGGUCCAUUCUUGUUAGGUUUUACUGCAACUUUUAUAAGAUGUUUAUAACACAUGCAUGCGCGGGGUUAUCUUUGUAUUACGGUGUAAAAACACAGUUAAACACUGCGGGAUAAACUGCACAUGAAAAACACUGUAUAUGGAGAACAGUGCAGAGAAACUUCUAUAUUUACGGCAGCUAAUGUUGAAAUAUGACCAUAUUAUUACACUUUAAUGUAUGUUUAUGUGACACAAUGUUAUACAGGAGUAGAUAUUCUCUGUCAACGUUAAACAAUAUUGAAAUAUAAGAUGUGUUUGGAGUUUUACAAUGAAGUGAAAUCGCCCUUUCUUGCAUUUCCACUAAAAUAUAAAGGUUUCACAACGAUAUCUUUAUAAGUUAAUAGACUCUACAGACACCUGGCUUACUUUGUUGAAGCGGUUUACUAGGUUUACCUGUCCAGCAGAAGGGUACAGGGUCACCAAGGUCGCGAAGCGUCUCCCAUCAUGUACUUUCUGGUUGGUUUCUACUGUCCGAUAUUGUACCACGCCAACUUUGUUAAAGCUUGUGCACGUAACUUGAGGACAUGGAGCAUGCUUCACAACACGAGGGAGUAACGUUAACUUUGUUUAGGCUUGAGCACGUGAUUUGAGGAUGUGCGUGCCUCACAAUAUGUGGGAGAAACGUCUGCCUCGCAACCAUAGACUGUAUAUAGAAUGGACGCCAUCUGCGUCCUCGAUGGGUGAAGCCACUCUGAGAACACCCUCUGGUGAUUACCAAAUGUCAUUAAUAACUAGUAACUAUUGACUGGUAUUAAAAGCUUUCUUGUAUAAACACUACAAAAAAAGAUGCUUCUUUAACGGAUUCCCGCCUACUCCCCCUUUAACUCCAAGAACUUCAUUAUAUUUCCAUAGAAAACUUUUAAAAGUUGAUCCUUGAAAUUAAAGAACUGGUCAUCUUAAACGUUAGUCCGCUGUGAUAAAUGUAAAGAAUGAAAGGAACAUGAAUCAAAUCUUCCCUGUGAAUGAUUGUUUUCAAAUCUGUUUCAGGUAGAAGCAAAAAUGUCCGUCAUCAUACAGACUCGAGGUGAAGCAGGUGGAGGUGUGGCAGCUCACCUGCAAUGCCCCUUCUGUGGUCACUUCUCCAAAAGCCACGCCCACCAGCUGUCCCACAUGGCGGCCUCUCACCCGGCCUCCCUGGACAACGUCUCUGUGGGUCGCCUCGGCAACAUCCUGAUGUAUCAGAGCACCGCCCGGCUGUUCCACUGCUCUGACUGUUUCUUCACAACCAGAGACUUCACUAAGCUGUACCAACACCUCAUCACCACACACUGUAUGGAUGAGAGGGAGGGGGGAGGGGGGGACGAGGGGGAUGAGGGAGGAGGUGAGGAUGGGGGUGAGAAGGUGGAGGUUAAAGUGGAAGAGGAGAUGGAGGUGGAGGAAAAGGAGAAGGAAGCUGUUGAAGCAAAGAAGAACAGUGAAGCUGAGGAGGAGGAGGAGAAUGGGGAGGAACAUCCUGAAGACCCCGCCCCUCAGAAGGUGGAGCCAGAGAAAACGGAGAACGGGGGUGAUGAGAGUGUGUUGGUGUUCGACGGCGCUGGGUACCGCUGUCUGAUCUGUAACUGGAGGAGCGCGAAGAAAGGUCCCGGGAUCAACCACGUGGUGAGAAAACAUGACAUCCCCAGAGCGUACGCCAACCAGUCCGUCCGCCAGCACGUAGAUUUUGCCCUCAAACUGACGCAGGGUGGCGGGGCGGAGGAGGAGGAGGGGGUACCUGGACUGAGCGGAGAGAUGCUGAAGGAGGAGCUGGAGGCAACAUCAAAAGUGGUUCGCUUCAUCUCGAAUCGUUUCCAGUGUCUCAUCUGUGGCUGGAAGACCAAACUCAAAGGUAAAAACGUACAAGCAAAUGUUUUCAGUGAUCUUCUUCAUCUGAUAUCCUGCUUGUUUUUGUGUUUGUCUUUGUCAAUAAAGUUUCUAAUCACUUGCACUCGUGUUUGUUUUCUCAGGUUUCGCCAUCAGUCAUGUGGAGCGUAGCCACGACGUGGAGCGCCCGUACCACUGCAAAGACUGCAAACGCUCCUUCUUCCUGCCCAGCCGGCUGCAGCAGCACAUCAGCUCCGCCCACCGGCCCGGGCGCUACGCCUGUCCCUUCUGCUGCUUCAGGUCUCACUUCUUGGGAGGCUUCAGGAGACACUGCAGCCGCUGCAACGCCCGAGAGGAGGGCGACGGGGAGGAGGGAGGAGGAGCAGCAGGAGCAGGAGGAGGAGGAGGAGGAGGAGGGGAGGGCGAAGAAGAGGGGAAUGUGGAGGAAGAGGUAGAGGAGGUGAAGGAGACGAGAAAGAGGAGGAGGGUAUCAAAGCUGGUGAAGGAGGAGGAUGACGAUGACGAAGAGGAGGAGGAGGAGGACUGAAGGAGUGAAAGGAGGUGGUUCUGAUUAACGUCGAGAUUCCUGAUGAAAACACGUUUCCAUGACGAAGGAAAGAUUUAACUCUGGACUGAGUGAAAAAACGACACAAACACUUUUUUAUGCUGCUCGAACAUCGUCAAUAAAAAGCUGUUUUUUUUUAACCUCAGGUGUGUGAGCGCCUGUUUUUAAACGGUCCUCCCAUGAUCAUUCUUUCACUGUCAAAGGACCUGAAACUCUCCUCCUUCUGUUCAAAUCAGAGUCCAAUAUUUGAGUUUCUCAGAGGGAAACAGAUGCUUGUUUAUCAGUGGAGUCUGAUGAGUUGGUAAAUUCAAGCCUGAGUAUAGUAGCUGUGCUCUAAGGUCAUUUUUGAUGCAGUCAUGAAGCUUUAGCUAUAAACUGAGCUGUUUUAACUUAUAAACACUCUUUAAUAUCUACUUUUUGAUUGAUAGAGCGAUACUGAACAAUGUCGUACCCCGGUGCAUUUAUUUCUCAAGAUUGUGACGGCUGAGGGCUACACUUGCUGGUAAAUGGCUUCAUCAGUACGAAAGUAUUUUUAGAUGAAAAGCUUUAAAUAAAUAAAGGAUUGAUGAUUUUUGAAUUGUAUAUAUAUGUACAGAAAAAGGUCAUUUAUUUGGUUUAUAUGAUUUCAGUUCAUCAUUUCGACCUCAUGUUUCAAGUAGAGGUCAGCCAAGUGUGUUUUAUCUUGUGGCAGGGAACAGCGAGUCUGCAGGAAGGAAUACUUGUUAUUUAUUUCAUCAAAAAACUUACCAAACAAACCCACUAAUCACAGGAGAGUGACCACACACCCUCCCAGAGAGAAAAAGGAAACAAAUGAUCAACACAAAUGAAAACGAUUUCAAGCACCGAGCACAAAACAUGAGCAGGACACACUUCCUGUCGUCUUACAAAAUAAAACCCCAGUUUGUUCUAGAAAAUCCCUCUGCAGGAGCCGAGAGAUUAGUUGAUCAGAAAUAUGAAGAAAAUCAGCUUCACUUCAUCUUUUCCACUGCAGGAACUUGACUCUGAUCUCUGACAGUCAGGAUCAUUCAUCUGAUGAAUCUUAA